GGAUAGGGACCGGGUAUAAUCGGUUUGACAAUGGCCAAGUUAGCAAUCGUAGCAUUAUUCGGACUCUUCCUUGUUCCAGCCUUGGCAUAUGAUCCAAGGAUUGUCGGUGGAAAAACUGCUUCUGCUGGACAAUUCCCACACCAAGUUGCAUUGAAGAGGAGUGGAUCUUUUCUCUGUGGUGGAUCAAUUGUUUCAAGCACUUUCAUCUUGACUGCCGCUCACUGUGUUGUUGAUGGAAAUAACAAACCCUAUUCUGCAUCAACCUACACUGUCAUUGCUGGAACCAACAACUACAAUAGUGGCGGAGUAUCCAAGACUGGCAAGACGAUCUACGUCCAUGAGAGCUAUGGCAACUUCAAAAAUGAUAUUGCCCUCAUCGAAUUGAGUUCUGCUUUCACCUUCUCCAACACCAUCCAACCAAUUGCUCUUGCCACUUCUGCCCCACCAACUGGUGCUUCCAUUGUCAUCUCUGGAUGGGGACGUCUCUCCACCUCAGGAUCCCUCCCAAGUCAACUUCAAUAUAACACUUUGUCAGCUGCUUCCGUUUCUGCUUGCGCUGCCAGCGGUGUUAACUAUGCUGGAUUGCUUUGCUUGGCUCACUCAUCAGGACAUGGUGCUUGCAACGGUGACUCUGGUGGCCCAGCUACCUACAAUGGCAAGAUCGUUGGUGUUGCUAACUUCGUUGUUGGAGGCUGCGGAAGCUCAUACCCAGAUGGUUAUGCCUUGGUUUCCUACUUCCAUAGCUGGAUUACCGCCAGGGUUAAAUAAUUGAUACAAUGAUUAAAAAAUCAAUAAAGGCAAUUACAUAGAUGAA